AUGGCCCCCGCUCGCAUCGUCCAUGACCCCGUCCUCCGCCGCGAACCCGCCGCGUCGUCUCGCCAGUAUGAAGAUCGCCACGUACAGGCCGACUUGUGCGUCUGUGGCGGCGGUCUAUCCGGAACCAUCGCCGCCAUCACAGCCGCUCGCCAAGGCCUCUCGGUGAUCUUGAUCCAAGACAGGCCAGUACUGGGAGGAAAUGCGUCCAGUGAAGUCCGCUUGUGGAUCUUGGGCGCGACGUCACACAUGUUCAAUAACAAUCGAUAUGCGCGAGAGGGCGGGUUGCUUGACGAGAUCCUGCUCGAGAACUUGCAUCGCAACCCUGAAGGAAACCCCGUUCUUCUUGAUACAGUCCUUCUCGACAAGGUCCGCAGCGAGCCCGGCAUUAAGCUGUAUCUGAACACGGCGUUGGUCGCAUGUGACAAGGCCGACGACCGGAUCGACACCAUCAAGGCAUUCUCAUCCCAGACGUCGUUGAUGUUCACGGUAAAGGCACCUCAAUACAUCGACUGUACAGGCGAUGGCGCGUUGUCAUUCUUAGCCGGGGCCCCCUUCCGCGUGGGCGCAGAGCAGCGCGACGAAUUCGGCGAGAAGUUUGCCCCGUCCUCCGAGUACGGCCACUUGCUCGGGCAUUCCAUCUACUUCUACUCCAAGGAUGCCGGGCGGCCCACCAAAUUCGUUGCUCCGUCUUACGCCCUAAAGGAUGUCGAGUCCGAAAUCCCAAGAUUCAAGAGCUUCAGCACCAAAGAGAUGGGAUGCCGGCUCUGGUGGAUCGAGUACGGUGGGAGAUUGGACACCGUGCAUGACACUGAGGAAAUCAAAUGGGAGCUCUGGAAGGUCGUGUACGGCGUCUGGGACUACUUUAAAAACUCGGGGCGCUUUCCGGAGGCCGAAAACCUCACUCUUGAGUGGGUAGGGACAAUUCCAGGCAAGCGAGAAAGCCGGCGGUUCAUCGGUCCAACUAUCAUGAAACAACAUGAUAUUGUGGAACAACGCUUCCACUCCGAUGCCGUCUCCUUUGGAGGCUGGUCGCUUGAUUUACAUCCUGCUGAUGGAGUCUUUUCUGAAGUUGACGGCUGUGUCUACCAGAUUCCCUUCUCCUCAAUGGUCUGUUCCGAGAUCCCGAACUUAAUGUACGGAGGUCGUACCAUCUCCGCGAGCCAUGUGGCUUUUGCCUCGACUCGAGUCAUGGCGACGUGUGGUGCCAAUUCCAAUGCCCUGGGUGUCGCUGCAUCCCUAUGCAAGAAGUUAUCCGUCGAUCCCAUUCAACUCUUGGCCAAAGAUAAUAUGAAGAAUCUUCAGCUUGAGCUUAUGAGAUUUGGCCAGUUUAUUCCGGGAUAUAAACUAACCGACCCUGAAGACCUCGUGCGUCAGGCCAGCUCUAUUCAAGGCUCGUCUACAUUUGAGCUUUCCACGCUCCCAGCAGAUGGACCCGCAAAGGUUCUGGUCCGAAGCUUGGCACAGAUGCUGCCGUUACCCGCGGGGCCUGUGCCGAAGUUCUCUGUGACGGUCCUCGCAGUGGAAGACACGACUCUUGAAGUCCAGCUUCGCGGCUCGCAGAAGCCCUACAAUUACACCCCGGAGGUUAUCCUCGCAGAGAAGCAAUUUGAUCUAAAAGCGGGAUCAAAUCAGAUCUCUAUCGAGCUGGAUGUCUCGAACCCGCAGGCGCAAUAUGUAUUCCUCUGCUUUAUGCAGAAUGACUUGGUGGCUAUCUCGACUACUCUAAAGCGUGUCUCGGCGCUUAUGACUGUCGAACACGAGUGUGAUCAACACAUGGAUGAAGACGUCGGGGUGGAUUUGUUCGAGCGGUGGACACCAGUCCGCAGGCCCAUGGGUCACAACCUCGCGUUGACAGUCGAGCCUCCACUACAAGCCUGGUCGGCUGAGAAUAUCCGGAAUGGAGUGCCGCGUCCAACGAAGCGAACCAACUGCUGGGUACCAGCAGAUCAAGGCGAUAAAGCGAUACUAACAGUCUCUUGGGAUUCGCCUGUCAAAUUGAGCAAGGUUGUGGUGCACUUCGAUACAGACUACGACCAUGCUCUAGAGUCAGUCCAACGUGGCCAUCCGGAGCGAAAUAUCCCUUUCUGCGUGAAAAAGUGGCGAAUCGUUGACCUCUCGCACCAGGGCGCAGAGACGGAGCUCUUCUUGGAGGACAACAACUACCUGUCGCGACGCGAAGCGCUCUUGGAAUCUGAUGUCUUCGUUAGUAAGAUCGGGGUCGAGAUUCUGGAGCUGAAUGGAGGAGAGCAUGUACUCGGAGGUAUCUUUGAGGUUCGUGCAUAUGAAUAA